GUUAUGGAUGGUGAGUGCGCAUUGCAUAUGUGUGCUAGAUGAAGUCUUUGGAUAAGCACCUUAUCACAUUAGUACAUUGACAUCACAGGUGAUUGUUGAUGUGAUAUUGGUAAACAGGGGCGGACUGACAACUCAUGGGGCCACCGGGCAAUUGGGGAUCAUGGGGCCCCUGUGUCCUUGCCCACACUCAAAACACACCCAAAAAGGCCUAUAAAAGGUACCAGGGGCAUCUCAUGGGGCCCCCUACUGACCCCGGGCCCUCGGGCAGUGCCUGAGUUUCCAAAUG